GGACGCGGAUCAGACGAUCUUCCGUUGUCUCCUCUACUGAGCUAGCGCUGAACAGUGACCUUCUCCGAGUGGUUCGGUGCGCUUACUAACUAAAGAUGGCAGGUGCAUUCAACGUGUGGUGGGCUAAGAUGUCGCCAUACUACGCCAAGGCAAAUGUGGAGAUGUUUGUUGGUUUAGGAAUCAUGAGUUUCUUUUACUACAAACUUUCAUAUGGAGGAAAGAAGAAAGCAGUGCAGUCAAAACCUGCACAUUGAUCGGGCCACCGGAGCAUCAUUCCCCGAAUCCCCAUCUCCUCUCUGUACAUCUUCCCCUGAAGAACUUCACCUGGAUAUCUGUAUUUUGUUUUAUGCAAACAAUAAAAUGCUUGAAUUGGAUCCACUCUAUGGACAAUACACUGCUUUUGUGGUCUUUCACUUUCUCUUGCAGGAAAUUGGUAUCAGCAAAUGUGCAGCUGCUUGAUUGUUAACUUAUGAAAAUAAACCAUUAAAGAUGUCCUGCCAAAAUCUUUUAAUGGGCUAGUCAUUGAGUCACAGUUGCAUUUGUUUUGUAGGACAUGAAUCAAAACUAUUUUUAGCUGAUGUUAAAUUCUCACUGAAAAUGUCUAGUGUGAAUAUUUGCAUGCAAUGUUUUAUAAUACACAGUUUUUGUUGUCGUUUUGUCAUAUUUUGUAGAUAGUAAUUAUUGUUGUUGACCAGUAGUGGGCGUUUAAGGACUGUCCAGCACUUUAGAUAUGUACAAAAAAAAUCUAUUGUAUCUUGUCACAAAUCUAAAAUUUGUUUAACCUUAAAAAGAAAACUCUAAAUAUACAAUUUAAAGUUAUACGUCACACGUUGUAAUUUGAUGAGGAAACUUGUCUUGAUGUUGAACGUCUGCAAAAUAAGAAUCCCACGGUUCUUUGAGAUUAAAGAUUAAACACGUGC